AUGUCAUUGAUCUUAUUCAUUGGAAAAAUUCUCAAAUUCUUCUAUCUUUUCAUCAUCAACUGCUACGAAGGAAUGAGUUCAACAUUUCGACAAUGGAAGAAUAAACUGCAAUGUUCACAUAGACAAUCGAUGAAUCAAAAUCAGUUGUUCAUCGAAGAUGAGUUCAAAACUGUACAUAAUGUCAUGGACAGUCUCGUGAAUGAAAACAAUGCAUUGAAGACACGACUUGAUCUAUUAGAAAAUCGAUAUGAACGAUGGAUCCAUGACGAACAAACUUAUUUGAAUAAACGUAUUGAAUAUCUGGAAAAUGAAAAUCAUCAAUUGCACGAGCUAUAUAUCAAUUACCAGAUGCAAAAUGAAACGUGUAUGCGAUCAAUGACGGAUUUAAUCAUGAAAAUUCUUUUAACCCAACAGGAGCGAAGAAAAGAACGUGUUGAACAGUAUCAUGAGAACGAUGCGGCCCAGUGGAGGACGAAGCAACAGCAGGAUGAUGAUAAUCGAUGUACUACUAAUGAUCAAACCACAUGGCUUGAUCAGCGCUUGAUGAAUGUCGAUGAACACGAUCAACAAACAAGAAAUCAUUCAUCGGAAUUUCCUGAUCAACUUGUAACACUGGCUACUGUCAAAUCGAAAUCCGAGAGAUCAUCCACUGGCCUGACAAAUAAACUCUAUUAUCUGUUAAGUAAUGAAAAGUCUCCUUGUGAUAAUCAACGUUUACCAAGUGUAAAUAUCGUUCCUGUUAAUGAUCCUCAUACUAUUCCUCGCAAACAACAAUCAACAAUAACAAUUACUCCGAAGAAUAAGUCAACACCACAAUAUGCCCGAACAGCUUAUUCUAACCAUGAAAGGUUAUCAACACAAACCCCAGUUCGUACAACGACAGUUGUUAAAAACACAUCCACAACAUCGACUGCGAAACCAAAUCGAGUACAAGCAACUCCCGUGCGGCCAUCGACGACAACAGCAACAGCAACUGCAACAACUAAUCGACCACGUCCUACUAUUUCUACAACUACUUGUCAAAAAACAGCAUCGUCAACUUCAAUACCUACCAAGCCAUCUCGACCGCGGUACACUCUGGCAAAGUCUUCUGAACCGCUACGAACUGUUACACCGACACCGACACCACCAACAAACACACGAACAAGUGCUUCGAAAUCAACAAAACCGGCACUGUCUACUGUUAAAGCACGUCCACCACCAGUUACUCAGCAACCAGCUCGUGUUUCCGAUCUUGACGCAUUGAUCGCUCAGCGACAGGCUCAGACUAAAGCGAAAAAGCCAACCUCCAUUCCAGUCGCUUCUGUGACGAAUAAUAAAAUCCGACAAUCGCUGUUUACAAAGAAUACUGUUAAACUAGUUCGACCUGUUCGUAGUCAAGAACUAAAAACAUUCACAUGCCAUCUAACACCUGAAGUACCGAAUAUAAUUUCAAAUGAAGUCGUAUGUCCAACUAAUGAGUCGUUGUCAACAUUAACGCCACCUUCACUCGAAUCGAUCACUGAAACGAAAACCAUCGAGAAAAAAGAGGAUUCGAGUACACCAAGUAUUGCGCAUGAUUUUUCCGAAGAUAGCCUCAACGAGCAUCACCAUGGUCGGAAAUUAGUCGAUACAAAUGCAUCAAUGAGUACGAAAGAGAAUAAUCAUAACCCUCAUCUGCGUGAUCAGUCGUCUGGAAGUGAUAUUUCACCGAUUAUCCUAAUCAAAACUGAAACAUCAGCUGACUCGGCGUACUGUAAUGGUUCGCUAGAUCGUGAAGAAACGAACACAAGCGACGGAUAUUUUCUCCUACCAGAUGAUCAAUUAACUUCAAAAGACAAUCCGUGUUCGACGAAAUCUUCAUCUGUAUCACAAAAAUCAGUCGUACAUCGUUUAGUCUUUCCCGGCCGACUCGGCCGAAUGAUAUUCUUUCGUCGCAUCUUAUCCGAUUCGGAUAUCUAUCAAAAAAUCUGCUCCAAAGACUCGGAAAUUACUCAUAAUGUCUACCAUUUAGAUACAAUACGGGAUUACUCAAUGGAAUUUUACAUGUUAACUACAUAUGCUUCCGAUUCACAGUUGCACGCUUGGGUUGAUUGUAGUGAUGAUGAACUUGUGAAUAAUGUGUGCCAUUUCGAUGAUAGUCAAUUCAAUAUCGAUGAUUACGAAGAUGAUAGUCAAUUGAAACAAACUCAUAAUAGUGAUAGUCUUGUCGAAGGUGAACUUGAUUGGUAUUCCGAGCUUGAUAUUUUAAACUUAACAUCAAAUAACUAUCAAGAUAAACAAGAAACAACAUCUAGUUGCUCAAGUAAAGUGCAUGUCGAAGAACUAUUACAGACACAUUUGUUUUCAUUAUCAAGUCCGACAACAACCACGUCUAUCGAUUCAUCAAGUUCUGCUGGUAUGACAUCAACAUCGUGGGCUAUGCCGCAGAAUACUAAGCCUAACCCUGCAUCUGUUGAUCAUAAUAACACAAUUCUUCAAGAAAUACUUAAUCAUUCAUGGACGGAUCAUUUACCAUCGUCAUCUUCUCAUCUGCUCGAUGAUUCUCAUGACGAACACAGUGAACAUGACAUGACCUCAUCGAUAAUCACCGAUGAAUUUCAAUCGGAUUUCUAUUAUCUCUGUCCAGUUACUAAUACUACAACCUUUUCAAAGAAUGAGCCGAAAACAUUUUGUCAUGAUGUUUAA